AGUCACCUCAGCAGUCAGUUGCAGACCAGCGACGGAGUAGUAAGGUGGUUUCCGAUUUGGGUGCACAUAGUUCGUCCGUAUUUGUUUUUGUUGCACAUCAAGUUUUCGAGUGUUGUAAUUUGAAAUUACUCUGUGGGAGUUAAAAUUUACCGAGAGAGUUGUUUCUGAGAAGCCUUGAGUUGAAAAUGCAGUGCCAGAGGAACUGGCAGAGUGCAGCGGCUCAUAGCGGUACAAGGGCGAAACAGAACAGUCAUCGGAGCAACUCCCGCUAGGCAGCAUCACAGCAGUGUCCCGUUCCCGCCAUUCGCCGUAGCAGCAGUAGCGCAUACUACUUAGUCAGGUGCAGUCUGCCGCAGUGUUUGGUUGAGUGAAGAUCUCGUGUUCUAAUUUUUACAUGAUGUCGGGCACCGGUAGUGGAAUUCCAGAUUUUCCAAUCGUAGUGUUAACUUUCUUCGUUGGGCUUACAGUAUUUGCUGUAGUUUAUAUAUCGAAGUUGCUUAAAGCACCUGCAGCUGAAGAUUCAACAAAACGUAAAGAAACUGAGGUAACGAAGAAAGAAAAACCAGCAGCAAAUGUAACACAAAAGCCCAGCAAGAAGAAACACCAGGAAAAGUGGACCAGAGAUUCCAAGCAAACUUUUUCUCAUCCGUGGCUGUUAACAUCAUUAAAAGGACAUAGUGGAACUGUCUUAGAUAUGGAUUUCAGUAGCAACGGGAAAUAUCUUGCAACUUGUGCUGAAGAAGACUCUGAAGAGCUUGAUCCUGGUGGAGAGGGCAGUGAGCAAGGCAGUGGCAACAGCAGUGGAAGUGAAGCCAACAAAGAGAACAGCCCUCAGGGCCAAACAGAUGGCAACCAGAAAGGUGCUUUGCUAACCCGUCGGCAGAAGAAGAAUCGCACACGUCGAAAUGAUGGGUCUCCUCUGCCUCGAAACAACAUUGCAGCUAAGAAGAGCAAAGCAAAAGCCCGGCGCUCUGGUGGUGCCGAUAGCAGUGGGAAGCGGAAUGGAGCUCCAACACUUCGCCAACAUGCGAAGCUGAAUUUGUCGGACAGUGACCUUUCAGUGCUUCUUAGACAUUACCUCCUCAGCCCUGACCAACUACUUGGGUUGGGUUAUCCUGUUGAGAGUGCCUUGUACCCAGGGAGAGCAAUAAUUUACAAAAAUCCGCCAUCCAGUUCAAAUCCCAAUAGCAGCAAUGUGUCUUCCUGUAUGCAAAGUCCAGACCCCCUCAGGAGUUCAUCUCAUUUGUUUGAUGUGAAUGCACGUGAGUUUGUGCCUAUGAGUGCAAGAUUAGGAAAAGAGCCUUGUUGUCUAAAAGAGGACAAUGUGCAUGUGAAGAAUGAGAAUCUUAAAAAUACUGUUUUAAUCACGGAUUUUGUGAAAAAAGAUCAGCCUGGGAUGGACUACAGUGAAAUAGGUGCUGAAUGGGAUGCCAGCCACAGUACAAAAAGUGAAAAAAAUUCCCUUAGUACAGGCAGUGAUGGUGACAGUGCUGACAGUGGUAUCAAUAGAAGUGGUGGUGAAGAAGGGAGCAGUAGUGCCUCACAGGAAGCUUCAGAUGUUGACGGUGUCAUUGAAGAGGAUCAGGGAAUUGUUCCUGAAAUAAAGCAGUCCACUGUGAACAGCAGUGAAAGAAAACACUUAUCAAAAGUAGCAAAAGCAGAAAAACUGUGUGUGAGUGAGGAGAAGAAAUGUGUUCGUUGUGGUCGUGGUUUUUUUGUAACAGAAGAUGGUGAAUACUUAACACAAGAGCAUUGUCUCUACCACUGGGGCAAGCUGCAAAGAGUUGUAAGUGCACCAUCAAAGGCAUCAUCAAUGUCUUUGCGUAUGGAAUACAGCUGUUGCCACGGAAAGCCUAGCAGCAAGGGAUGCACAACAGCAAAACUACAUGUGUGGAAUGGUGUGGGGGUAGGCAUUAAUGGACCAUUUGAUAGUUAUGUUCGGACUCGCCCACGGAGAACACAUCCUCUGGAUGGAAAUUAUGAUAGAUCAAUAUUUUUGUGGAGUACUAAAGAUUGGAAUCAAAGAGAACAUAAGUUUGUCCGAAUAAAUGUUGAAUAUGACCAUGCUACCUUCAUAAAAUGGAGUCCAGAUUCAAAAGCUUUUAUCAUCCAAAAAGAUAUGGAAAAUGUAAUUGAAGUUUACAAAAUUGCAAAGAAGGCUGAUGGCUGGAUAAGUGGUGCUUCUAAAGCAAUAGAAUUUCCGAAGCUACAUGAAGAAGCUGUUAUUGGCCUGGGAAUUGCUUGCAGUGGAAAGUACAUUAUGUCAUGUUCUAACAAAACUGAUCUGUUGAUUUGGGACCUUAAGGGACAACAACUAGCCAAGGUUGAUACAUACCUUAUGAAUACCCAUUGUGCAAGAAUUUCACCUUGCGGAAGAUUUGUGGUUGCUUCAGGAUUUGCACCAGAUGUGAAAGUAUGGGAAGUUCGCUUUACCAAGACAGGAGAAUUCAGCCAGGUCAGUCGAGCAUUUGAACUUCAAGGACACUCUUCUGGAGUGUAUGACUUUGGAUUUAGUGCAGAUUCAUCUCGUAUGGCAACUGUUUCAAAAGAUGGCACUUGGAAGCUCUACGACACUAACAUUGAGUACAUGAAAGGAGAAGACCCUCACUUGUUAAUGACAGGCAAUUAUAAACAUGAAAAUGUCCCUGCUCGUUUGGCCUUGUCACCAAAUGGCGAUGUAAUUGCUAUUGCCAGCAACAACAAGCUAAUGUUCUAUUCUGCUCUAUCAGGAAAAUGCGACAAAAUAAUAGAGAACAUUUAUACAGGCCCAAUAACUGCAGUACUAUUUGACUCACUUGGAAAGUAUGUACUGACAGCUGGGGAGAGACAUGUUAGAGUGUUCCAUAACGUGACAGGCUAUCGAACAUUUAUUGCAGCCACUAAAGAAAAGUUCCGUCAGUCAGUUUCAUCAGCCCAGAAGGAAAGAAUGACUAAACAGAUUGAGGAAGCAGAAGUCUUCUUGAAGAGUAUAGGCGAGAAAGCCUGAAUUUGCCUACAGUUGUUAGCAGAAGAUGCUAUAAUCUGAUAAAAAAAUCCAGAUGAAAGCAAUAUUUUUUGCAUUAUAAUUUUUUACAAUAUUUUCUAAUGCAGACUGUCAUUAAAAUGGCAGUAAUUUUGUACUGAACAACAUGACAUUAAAAAAUUCUGGAGCAAUAA